AUGGUCUCUUCAUACGCGAUUAUUGGUGCCUCUCGCGGCAUUGGCCUCGAAUUCGUUGUCCAACUCGCAUCUAAGCCCACGAACUCCGUGUUCGCCGUCGUCCGCAACGGCGCGAUCUCAGUACAUCUCCAGGAAGCGAUCAAGAAGCACGGCUUCAGCAACGUCCAUGUUAUCGAAGGUGACAUCGGCGACUACUCGUCUUGCCAGCGUGCCGCGAAAGAAGUCGCCGAAAAGACCGGUGGAGGCCUCGACUGCCUCAUCCACAACGCCAUGCGCCCCUCUCCCCCCGUCAGCUUCACCGACUUCCUCAACAUCCCCGACAUGACCGAGUUCGACGCCGACCUCACCCACGCCUUCCAGAUCAACGGCCUCGGCACGAUCCACUCCAUCCACGCCUUCCUCCCCCUCCUCCGCGCGUCCCCCACGGGCGCGAAGAAGAUCGCGGUGAUCAGCACCGAGGGCGGCAAGUAUGACGUCAUCCGCGACAUGAAGAUCGCCGCCAUGCCCUCCUACCACCUCUCCAAGUCCGUCCAGGUCAUGGCCGCCCUCAAGUGGUCCGUCCUCCUCGCGCCCGAGUGCUUCACCCUCGCCGUGCUCACCCCGGGGCUCGUCGACACCUCCGGCACCAAGGGCGGGCUCGACGCGGAGGGCGCGGCGCUCGCCAAGGCGGUGGAGGCGAUGUUGGCGGACAUCGAGGGGAUGACGCCGGAGAAGAACGGGCAGAUCAUUUCCAUUCGGUGA